GGCUGGUAUUGUAGUACCUCCGACACAGUUGGUGGCAGCAAUGCAUCGAUAGGGCAGUUGCUCUGUUUCAGAACAGUGUGUCCCUGGCCAUGAGCCUGACCGACACCGGUGUUUACUUUACUAAGCAGAGAAGGUCGACGUUUCAAGGGUUGUAGCGGUAUGAGGAAAAACUCGAACGCGCAAUUUAUGCACCCUCAGCGACCCAGGACAUCGAGCUUGGAAUAAAUAAACGACUUAUGUAAACGCGGCCUUUUUGGUCGCGUCUACUUGGAUAAGUGAACUGAAGCGUAUCUACACCGUCUCUGACGUUGAUGGAUGCCGUGAAAUAGGAUUGGGAAAGGCUUCAAAUAGCCAAUCCGAAGUGGGCUAAAAUCAGUGUUUAACAGAAGGCUACAGAUCCAGUUUCAGUGAUCCAUUAUUCUGCCUGAGGUUCUGAUAAAGUAACCCAUAAUAUAAUGGCAGCCUCAGCAACUGCCCGGCGAAUGCCGAUGGGUGUGCGGACAUUCAGUGAGUUUCUGGAGAUUGCUGUAGGCUCGGGGCGCUCACCUUGUCACACCGCGGGGUCAAGAGAACAUAUGAGGCAGACUAUCAGGUGAGAUAAAUAAAUUGAUAACUUAAUGUGACACAAUUAACCAAUCAGUGUUGUGCAUGCGCAUUGUGCAUAUCUUUGAAUCAGCUAUGGUGCAGGUUUUUGUUCCAGCCAAGCACUUAGACACCUGGUUCAAAUAGCUCCACACUGAAGAACAUUACGUUUUUUCAGAGCAUAUAAACAGUUAGUAACUCUUGUGUUCUUCCUAUUAAUCAUCACAUUUUCAUUAAGGGCCAAAAAGUUCCCUUUUCAGUCCCAUCAAUGUCACCAUUGUUGUAUAUGCAUAUUGUGGCAUCCUUCAUAUUGGUUUCACUUUGUCAGUAGUGCUCUCUGUAAUUUUGUCUAUGACUGUAAUUCAACAUUUUAUGACUCUCACACAGUUAUUUGUAGUGAGCAUAUUUGGACCCCAAUAGCGAAACAUGCCAGCUCUGCAAGCCACCUCAUGUAACCUGACUGAGUGGGUCGCAUUACAUAUAGUUCCAUUCAUGUGUUUACUCAGAAUAUAGUAGCUUGUCCUAGACAUUGAAGGUUAGGACACUACUGACAACCUUUUCCCCUACUGGCAAUAUAUUAUUUCUGCCCUGACUAUAUAGGCAGGAAGCCUGUCUGGAAAAGGGUGUUUGUUAGAGAUGUUACACUCCAGUAUUUUUAACAUGAUCCUCUCUUUCUCUCCCUUCCACAUCAGACACUUGUCAUCAUGCGGUAUUGUAAUGACUAGGACUCCUAGAGUGCUCUGCCAACAGCAGAAUUGGGACACGAUGACAUCAGUUCCCCACAGCAGAACCUUCAUGGGGUUCACAAAUAAGAGGAAGGAGUACUCAGAGCGGAGGAUACUGGGGUAAGAUGCUACCACACAUGAAAGAAAAUAUAUUGUAGGACUUACUAUUUCUGUAUGUAGGUACAAGCACGAAUGAGAGCUUGAAUGCAUAGAUAGAAAGAUGUCAUGGAUAGAUUUCAUUUUAAAGGAAAAAAUAAGGCUUUGCCUAUUUGAAACACAAAAUGUAAAUGGAAGUGAUGUAAUGUUGUUUUCAAACUUAUUUUGCUAUGCCGCUUCAGGUACUCUAUGCUGGAGAUGUAUGAUGUGGUAGCCAACGUGGAUGACUACAAACUCUUUGUCCCCUGGUGUAAGAAGUCCCAGACCAUCAUGAAGAGGGCAGGCCACUCCAAAGCUCAGCUGGAGGUGGGGUUCCCACCAAUCGUAGAGCGAUACACAUCCAUGAUCAGCGUGGUGCGACCCCACAUGGUCAAAGUAAGUUCCUCCUGCUUAAAUAGGGUUUCAAAAUUCCAGUAACUUCCAGAUUUCCUGCUUAUUCCAGGAAUCUUCCAACCAGAAUUUUGGGAAAACCUGGGAUUUUUGGGGAAAGUUACCAGGUUUUUGCUAUCCUAUUUAGUCCCGCUUAAUUGAGGAUUCAUGAAUUAUGAUGAGAUACGUGAUGAUCAUUGUUUGUUUGAUGAUACAGUAAUCUAAGUAACCCUUUCUCAUCGGAUUGAAUUGUGUUAGGCGGUGUGCACAGAUGGAACACUUUUCAACCACCUGGAGACGAUAUGGCGCUUCAGUCCUGGAAUCCCUGGUUAUCCCCGCACCUGCACUGUGGACGUUUCGGUGAAUAUGACAGCCCCAGCUUGCUGCCUUUUUAUUUAUCUCAUGCUGAAACCUCUCAGUUUCUUCUAAUCUUGCUCUCUAUUUGUGCAUAGACCUUGUGCAUGUGAAUAGUCUGACUAAGUUAUAUCCUUUAACAGCGCAUAUCCUCUGACUGACCUUUUUUUCUUUCUCUUUUGGAUGUCUUCUCUGACUGACAUUCUGCCCUCUCCUUCCUUCCUGCCACACAGAUCUCCUUUGAGUUCCGGUCCUUGCUCCACUCCCAGUUAGCAACUGUGUUUUUUGACGAGGUGGUAAAGAAGAAUGUGUCUGCCUUCGAGCGUCGGGCCGGCACGCUCUACGGCCCACAGACUCGCGUCCCACGGGAGUUAAUGUUCCAUGAGGUACACCAAACGUGAGGUCCCUCUGCCAUUGUGUGCCCUUGUCCCAAACCAACCUGCACCUUCACCCUGGCUGUCCCCUGUAUCACCUAGCUGGACCUGCAUGACACUACACCACCCAGCCUCCACCAACCGCCUCCAUUACCACCCAGGCCCAGAUGCCAUUAGCCUGGUCCCAGAACUGUUUGUGCUGUCUUGCCAACUCCUAUGGUCA